GCCGGCCGCGGAUCCGGCGCCAGCAGCAGGGGCUGCCGAGGACGCCGAGUGCCCGCCGCCUCGCCAGCCUCAGCCCCCGCAGAAUGUUCUCGCUGCCCCGCGGCUUCGAGCCCCAAGCUCCCGAGGACUUGGGGCAGCGGAGUUUGGCGGAGCUGCGGGAGAUGUUGAAGCGCCAGGAGAGACUUUUGCGCAACGUAAAAUUCAUUUGCAAAUUGCCCGACAAAGGUAAAAAGAUCUUAGACUCCGUCGCCAAACUGAAAGCUGCCAUUGCAGAACGUGAAGAAGUUAGAGGAAGAAGUGAACUCUUUCAUCCCGUUAGUUUAGACUGUAAGGAGAGGCAAAAAGCGAUUACAGUUGUUGAUGGGGACACAGAUAAGGCCCAGAAUUCUGACCAGAUACUUGAUACUUCAUCACCAGUUCCUGGCUGUUCCUCUGUAGCAAACAUCACGUCGUCUCAGACAACCUCACUACAACAGGGACUGGCACAUCCGACUCUCAGAGGCGAUGCUGAGGCCCCUGAGGCUGAACACACAGUGAGCGAACGCCCAGCUUCCAGCAUCAGAACUGCCACGCCUUCCUCAUCUGCAGCUAGUGGGCCCCUCACUCAGCAUCCUGCUUCAAGUCAAGCGGAGGAUCAUCCUAGCAGCUUGGACAACCUGUUUAUUGAUAGAUUACAAAGGAUCACCAUUGCAGACCCCGUUGAACACCACUCAGAAGAAAACCAGAGUCCUGAGAACUUGGCUGGCCUUUGGAGUGGGCUGCAGAAGAAGCCUCAUUACAUGGAAGUGCUAGAAAUGCGAGCCAAAAACCCCGUGCCCCUACAGCAUAAAUUUAAAACCAAUGUAUUACCUUCACAUCAACGUGAUUUGGUGAGUCCUUGUCAGAGGAGGGGGUCUCCUGUCUCCUCAGAAGAGAGACGGCGCAGGGACAGGAAGCAUCUCGAUGACAUCACAGCAGCCCGGCUUCUGCCACUCCACCACAUGCCUACACAGCUGCUCUCCACAGAGGAGUCGCUGGCACUUCAGAAACAGCAGAAACAGAGUUAUGAGGAGAUGCAAGCCAAGCUCGCAGCACAAAAAUUAGCUGAAAGACUGAAUAUUAAAAUGCAGAGCUAUAAUCCAGAAGGGGAGUCUUUGAGGAAAUACCGAGAAGUAAAGGAUGAAGGCGAUGAUCAGUCCUCCGAUGAUGAAUUCUGAAGAUGGGCAUUUGGAUCUUCUCCUAAAUCUCUGCCUGUUGAGAUCUCAUUAUCUUACAGCAGACUUUCUAACAAGUAUCAAGAUCAGUGUCAGACAUUGUUGAGAGAAAGAAUUUUGUCAAGUUACAACAAGGAAGCUAUAAAAAUAGCCCACUUUCAGAAGUUAACUUUCAUGUGCUUGAAAAGUUUAAUAUUUGAAUAUUGUGUUUAAUCACAUUAUAUUAAACUUUUGCAGUAUGUUGUGUGUUGGUCUGAUAUUUUAGUAUAUAGUAGAGCACAUUGUUUUCUCUAAGCCAAAUGAAAGCAGGUGAUUAACUGCUUUUUUCUUUAUACUUACCUCUACCAAAUAGCGUUUAUUACAUGUCUUUCAGUGAAUUAUUUAGUUGUCCCAGGCAUCACCUAAAAUGAAUUACGAAAAUAUAGUUCUCUCCUUUUUUGAGUAAUGAAGGGAGCAAUCUAGAGAAUUUUGUGCAUGUUGCAUGGGGCUGUUACAGUAUUGGAUGUGAAAUACCAAGGAAGACACUCAUAGAAAAUGCUUAAAAUGUUUGUUUCCUUCUGUCUUCCCUUAGGAAAAAUGUCUUCUUUCUUCUGAUUAGGAAUAGGGGUACUUUUAGUUGAUGCUGGAGGGUGGAUGGUCUUUCUAGGUGACCAGAUUUGUCUGGAGUAACAUGAGGAACAGGAAAAGUCUAAGAUGAUUGAUGUACGUGAAGGGAGUAGCUGUUCAUAGGCCUGGCCUGACUUGACUUCAUUGUUCUAACAGAUGAUAGGUUCAGUUUGAUAAGAAAACCAAAAAAUUUUUUAAAGCUACCAUUGGUUUGUUAUCAAUAUAUUGCUUUUUUUCCCCCCCAAAAGAGGGUUAUGUAUGCUACAGAAACCUCAAUCUCAUAUAUAUGUAAUUUUAAAGGACUAUGGUUGUCUCCAGAGAAGUUAACACAUAUGUUAUCAAAGUUUUCUUUGUCUAAUAUGUUGGCGCCUUUAAACAGUGUUGAAAGAAUAAAAUAUUAAUUAGAGCAACUUCAA